AUGCGUCAGUUCUCCGCCGUCCUUUGCCUGUGCCUCGCCGUUCUGGCCAGAGCCGACAAGCUGGGCUACAACUACCAGCCGGUGGCCCACUCCGCCUCGGGAUUGAGCUUCCAGCCCUCGGGAGCGGCCAGCAGUGAUGCACCUGCCUUCUCGGCACCAAGUGGAUCCUUCGCCGCCGGUCCCUCGUCCUUUGCCGCUGGUCCUUCUUCCUUUGCCGCUGGACCCUCUUCCUUUGCCGCCGGUCCCUCGUCCAUUGCCGACUCCCUGGAGGGAUCCCAAUCGGUCGCUGCCCCCAACUACGCUGCUCCCCAGGCCCAGCUGGAGAAGGAGUUCUUCACCUACACCGCCGACGAGGGCGACUUCUACGAUCCCGCUGCCUCCGACCAGGUGUCCAACGCCGUCAACAAGGCCCUCCGAGUGGUCUUCAUCAAGGGACCCGAGAACCGUGGUCUGGAGGACGCCGCCCUGGCUCUGGCCAAGCAGGCUGCCCAGCAGGAGACCGCCAUCUACGUCCUGAACAAGCAGGCCGACAUCGGUGACCUGGCCAACAAGCUGAACUCCAUCCGCAACAACAACAACAACAAGCCCGAGGUGCACUUCGUCAAGUACAGGACUCCCGAGGAUGCGGCCAACGCCCAGCGCGCCAUCCAGGGUCAGUACGACCAGCUGGGCGGAUCCUCCCAGUCGCAGGACGGCGGCGUGGCCUCCACCCUGAACUUCGCCUCCCAGCCCGCUCCCGCCCAGGCGGCCAGCAGCCCAGCGCCCGCCCAGUUCCUGCCGGAGGCCACCGCCCCCGUCUCCUCGUAUGUGCCACCUGCCACUCCUGGCAGCACCUACCUGCCCGCCAACAUUCUGCGCCGCCUGAGGUUCUAG